AUGCCGCCGAAGAAGUACGUGCUCCCCCGCGCCGCGACGGCUUCAACCGCCGCCGUCGCCCAGCCGAAGCAGAGGCAGCCGAGGGCGCCACCGUCCAAGCCACCGGGCAUGUCCAACGCCGACUCGAGGGCGGAAGUUCAGCGUCGGGAGGCUGUCACCAUCGACCGGCGGAAUAGGGCCAACGCCAAGAAGGCCCGGGAUAGCGCGGCACUCGCGGCUGCGGCGUAUCAAGCGGAGCUCUCGGCCGAACAAGCGGAGGCAGCCUGCGUGGGGAUGAUGAAUCCACCCGGCGGCCACGCCCAGUACGCGCCCUGGAGCCAGCAAAGUGUCGGUUCACCGGCCGGCUUCUCGUCAUCGCCGCAACCCUGGGGAUGCACGCCUUCGCCGGGCUACGCCGACGGGGACGCGUAUGGUGGGUUCAACCCCAACAUCACCUUCCCCCAUGGUCACCCGGCCCAGCGCAUGCCCUCGCCCGCCUUUGCCGGCGUGCGGUACCCGCCAUACAACUACUCACCGCUGGCCUACGCGUCCUCCCCGACGCCCCCUCUCCGCCGUGGCGCGCUGCCCUUCUCACAAGUGUCCACGUCGCACCUCGGCGACACCGACGCGACCGAAGCCGACAUGGACGACAUCAUCACGGCAGGGUCAAGGUACAUGGUGGAGCGCGGCCUCAUCCUGAACCAACUGCCGUCGACGGCGCUGCCAAUUCCCACGCCCACGCCGACGCCGCCGCCAAGCCCGAGCGAUGAUGCCUCCACGGCGCCCAGCAGCACAGAAGCUGCGCCGACGCCGCCCAACACAGAAGAAGCUCCGACACCGCCAAGCCCGCGCACGCCGACUCCACCGGCGCCGGAGGCCGACCCCGCCGUGUGA